AUGGCGUCACCUCAGCAAAUCCGCACUCCCAUCACCGAUCUUUUCAAGAUCAAGCACCCGAUCCUGCUUGCCGGCAUGAACGUCGCUGCCGGCCCCAAGCUGGCUGCCGCUGUCACCAACGCUGGUGGUCUCGGUGUCAUUGGUGGUGUCGGCUACACCCCGGACAUGCUGAAGGAGCAGAUCGCAGAGCUCAAGGAGUACUUGGUUGACAAGAACGCCCCCUUCGGUGUUGAUCUGCUUCUUCCCCAGGUCGGUGGCAGCGCCAGAAAGACCAACUACGACUACACCAAGGGCAAGCUCGACCAGCUCGUUGACAUCAUCAUCGAGUCGGGCGCCAAGCUCUUCGUCUCUGCUGUCGGUGUUCCCCCCAAGCACGUCGUCGACAGACUCCACGCUGCCGGCAUCGUCUAUAUGAACAUGAUCGGACACCCCAAGCACGUCCAGAAGUGCCUCGACCUCGGUGUCGACAUCAUCUGCGCCCAGGGUGGUGAGGGUGGUGGCCACACCGGUGAUGUCCCCACCACUGUCCUCAUCCCCGCUGUUGUCGACCUUUGCAAGAACACCAAGAGCCCUCUCCUGAAGGGCCCCGUUCAGGUCAUCGCCGCUGGUGGUAUUCACAAUGGCCAGCUUCUGGCCGCUUCCCUCAUGAUGGGUGCCGGUGCAGUCUGGGUUGGUACCCGUUUCAUUCUCACUGAUGAGGCUGGUGCCCCCGAGGCGCACAAGGAGGCUGUCCGCACUGCCGGCCACGACGACAACAUCAAGACUCUCAUCUUCACAGGUCGACCCCUCCGUGUACGCAAGAACCCGUACAUUGAGAACUGGGAGACAGAGCGCCAGCAGGAGAUCAAGGAGCUCACCGCAAAGGGUGUCAUCCCCUACGAGGCCGAUCUUGAGAAGCUCAUGAACUCUGGUGAUGGCGAGGGCAGCGGCGACAAGAACGCUGCCGAGGUCGACAUUGACGACGCUCUCGACCAGUUCCGCCCCUUCCUCAUGGGCAAGGCGGCGGCUGUGUGUAACGAGAAGAAGCCCGCAAAGGCAGUCAUGGACGAGUUUGUCAACGAUGCCGUUGCAUGGCUCCAGAAGGGCAACAAGAUGAUUGCCAAGUUGUAA